AUGAAUCAGCUUUUACUUUUUACUUUUUUUAUUUUUACUAAUUUACACAUUGUGGGUAGUGUAAUAUACGAUGCUGGUGAGUACACAACUGUAACAUAAAGCUUAUCUGCUCAAUUAAAAAAUAGUGCUAUUUUGAAUGAUUUUAAGACAUUUUAAAACGUUUUUUACAAAUUUUGAACUUUCCAAACAUUUUUUUACAAUUUUUAUAUUAACCAUGAUGACUUAUAGAAAAAGGUACAAUAACAGCUAAAUUCGGUGACAAAGUAGCCAGUGAUGACAUUAUAUUAGAAAUACAGCCACUCUCCAAUGAAGUACGGGUGUUUGGCCAAGAAUGUGAAAAAGCUGAUUCAUGUACACAACAAUGGCACCCUACUUUUGAUGUUGAGUAUGGUAACUUUAUAUUACAGUACGAAGCCCUAGCUUUGGUCCUAGCACAGAGCCCUAGCCCAGAGCCCUAGCCCAGAGCCCUAGCCAGAGCUCUAGCCCAGAGCCCUAUCCCAGAGCCCUAGCCCAGAGCCCUAGCCCAGAGCCUUAGUUAAGCUUUCUAGUUCAAAGCCUUAGCACGAAGCCUUAACCAAGAGCCUUAGCUCUAGCUUUAGCCCUAAAGUUAGGUUCUAACCCUAGCCUUGACAUUUAGUUUUUUUUGCUUAAAACUGACGUAUUUUAGAAAAAACACGGCUAAAAAAGGAAAAGAACUGACAGAAAAUGGCUUGAAAUGCACUGUAUACGAUGAUGUUACAGUAAAAUUUGGUAAAGCUGAAACCAAACUGACAGUCGGAGUUUAUGAUGGGAUAACCGAUGAUGCUCAAAUACUGCCUCACUAUUCCGAUGGUAAAUUUGGCAUUGGCUUGGAUUCAAAAAUUUUAAAUGAACUCAAUUUUGUGAAACUUGUCAAUACCCAGAAUGCUUCGUCACAGUUUCUAGUGUUCGUUCCUAAACAUCCGACGGUAAGUGAAGAUUAUUGUAGAAGCAAGAAAAAAUAUUCUGUAGGGUUAGGUAGGGUAGGGUAGAAUAGGGUAGGGUAGGGUAGAGUAGGGUAAGGUAGGGUAGGGUAGGGUAGGGUAGGGUAGGGUAGGGUAGAAUAGGGUAGGGUAGGGUAGGGUAGGGUAAGGUAAAGCAGGGCAGGGUAGGGUAGGGUAGAAUCGGGUAGAGUAGGGUAGGGUAGGGUAGGGUAGGGUAGGGUAGGGUAGGGUAGAAUAGGGUAGGGUAGGGUAGGGUAGGGUAGGGUAGAGUAGGGUAAGGUAGGGUAGGGUAGGGUAGGGUAGGGUAGGGUAGGGUAGGGUAGGGUAGGGUAGGGUAGGGUAGGGUAGGGUAGGGUAGGGUAGGGUAGGGUAGGGUAGGGUAAAGCAGGGCAGGGUAGGGUAGGGUAGGGUAGGGUAGAAUCGGGUAGAGUAGGGUAGGGUAGGGUAGGGUAGGGUAGGGUAGGGUAGGGUAGGGUAGGGUAGGGUAGGGUAGAAUAGGGUAGGGUAGGGUAGGGUAGAGUAGGGUAAGGUAGGGUAGGGUAGGGUAGGGUAGGGUAGGGUAGGGUAGGGUAGGGUAGGGUAGGGUAGGGUAGGAUAGGACAGGGUAUAGUAGAGUAGGGUAGGGUAGGGUUCCUCGCAGUAAAAUAAAACCAAAUCCUAGCGCUCGCAGUCAUUUGUUGGGUCGUUUUACACCGAGGCAACUAUUAUAUAAAAUUACAAUGUUACAUAAGAAAAAGUUGCGUAAUAUCAUUUCUUGCAAUUUCUCUAAGGCUAUCUUGUUAUAUCAUGUAUAUUAAGUAAUUGCGCACAUUUUUUAAACAUUUUUUUUAUUUCUGAAACUUAGCUUUAGCUGUCCCGCAGAGCUAUACCUUGAUCUAAGGCUGGGGCUGGGGCUGGGGCUGGGGCUGGGGCUGGGGCUGGGCCGGCCGGGCUGGGCUGGGCUGGGCUGGGCUGGGCUGGGCUGGGCUGGGCUGGGCUGGGCGGGACUGGGUUGAUCUGGGUUGGGCUGGGCUGGGUUGGGCUGAACUGGGCUGGGCUGGGCUGGGCUGGGCUGGGCUGGGCUGGGCUGGGCUGGGCUGGGCUGGGCGCUGGGCUAGGGCUGAAGCUAAGGCUAAAGCUAAAGCUAAGGCUGAGGCUAGAACUGAGGAGUAUGUAGUUAUAACUUGUUCGUUUUUUAGCGUUCGAAGUCAGUUGGGAAGAUGGAAAUAGGUAAGAACGAUGAAGAAGCUUGUGGAAAGAUAACCUUAGAAAGCGUAGUGAAAGACAGCAAUGGAUUUAGCGCUUGGGCUACUGAUUCAAAGUAGGUUAUCUAAAAAAAUAAAAAAAUUUUUUUUUAUUUUAAAAAUUUUUAAAAUGUAAGGCUUAUAUUUAAAAUUCAGAGCCACCUUUGACGAUAAAACAGAAGAUAUCAAACUGUUCUUCUCCUUUACAUCAACCCACAAGUUCUCCACCUCUUUAAUCGAAAAAUACUUUAAAAAUGACAAUGUUAAUCAAGAACAAUAUCAUGAGAUGAAGGACAUAACUAUAACACUUCAAAAUCUCAAUGUUACAGUACCCAAAGACCAGCUUUACAAAAAAGACGGUCAGUACUACAAAAAAUUGUUUUUACCGACCAACGGCGAGUUUGAUGUUGAGUUAGGCAAUCCAGUUCUAAAGGAUUAUUGUGUGAAGCUAACCAAAUUUGAGGAUGCUAGUCAUAAUAUUGUCUUCCAAAUUGGACUUGGAUUAAGAAAGAAUUCUGCAAGUAUUAUUGGCUAUGGCAGUUUUGUUAUGUUUUUGAUGUUUUACUUGGUAAACGCUAACUAA